GAGCCAACCUGAAGGGCGUGGACAUGGAGGGAAGUCAGAUGACAGGCAUCAACCUGAGGGUCGCCACGCUGAAGAACGCCAAACUGAAGAACUGCAACCUGAGAGGAGCAACGCUGGCUGGGACGGACCUGGAGAACUGUGACCUGUCAGGAUGUGACCUCCAGGAGGCGAACCUGAGGGGCUCCAACGUGAAGGGGGCCAUCUUUGAGGAGAUGCUGACUCCUCUGCACAUGUCUCAGAGUGUGCGGUAAAACGCCUCCGUCCUCCACAGAGUGCUUUAAACCACAACGCACGCUCCCAGUGGACUCGACUGAAGACACAUUGGUGUUUCAUGAUCAAAGUAAACGAUAGCUUUCUACUGGUGUUGACAUGAUGCAUUUGUGAACAUCAUAAUUUACUCGAAAAUCGUCACACACAUAUUUGUAAAUCUUAAAUGACCUUAAUUACCAAAAAUAAUUAAAUCAGCCCAAAAUAGUUCAUUUGAUCCCGGACGAGCCUCCAAUUCAUCACAGCCCCACUCAGGUUGGACGAAAAAAGGGAGAACACACAUCCGUUAUAACUAAAAAUAAGCUAAAUACAACAAAAACAAACAAUAUAUAUUUAUAUAUAUAUGUAUAUAUAGACUGCCACCGGACCAGGUGAGCUGAAUCUCACUAAUGAACUGACUCUGCCCCCCCACCUCCUGGAGAGAGGGGCC